CAUUACAGUGUUUCUGCCACCUCUGUACAAAAGACAAUUUUACUUGUGUGACAGAUGGCCUUUGCUUUGUCUCUGUCACAGAGACCACAGACAAAGUUAUACACAAUAGCAUGUGUAUAGCUGAAAUUGACUUAAUUCCUCGAGACAGGCCAUUCGUAUGUGCACCCUCUUCAAAAACUGGGUCUGUUACUACAACGUAUUGCUGCAAUCAGGACCAUUGCAAUAAAAUAGAACUCCCAACUACUGUAAAGCCAUCACCUGGCCUUGGUCCCGUUGAACUGGCAGCUGUCAUUGCUGGACCAGUCUGCUUCGUCUGCAUCUCACUCAUGCUGAUGGUCUAUAUCUGCCAUAAUCGCACUGUCAUUCACCAUCGAGUGCCAAAUGAAGAGGAUCCUUCGUUAGAUCGCCCUUUUAUUUCAGAGGGUACUACAUUAAAAGAUUUAAUUUAUGAUAUGACAACAUCGGGUUCUGGAUCAGGUUUACCGUUGCUUGUUCAAAGAACAAUUGCAAGAACUAUUGUGUUACAAGAAAGCAUUGGCAAAGGUCGGUUUGGAGAAGUUUGGCGAGGAAAGUGGAGGGGAGAAGAAGUUGCUGUUAAGAUAUUCUCCUCUAGAGAAGAACGUUCAUGGUUCCGUGAGGCAGAAAUUUAUCAAACCGUAAUGUUACGACAUGAAAACAUCUUGGGAUUUAUAGCAGCAGACAAUAAAG